GGACAGCUUCGGAAGAAAGGCAUUCCAGGGUAGAGAAAAUUCUUCAUGUUUAGAAGGCUCUCCCGGAAACCGGCGUUACCCAAUGCCAUGACCAUUGUGGAGCUUUCGGUACACAUGGAUUGCGAAGGAUGUGAAAAGAGGAUACGAAGAGCAAUCUCUAAAAUAGACGGGGUGGAUAGCUUGGCAAUAGACAUGGAUAAGCAGAAGGUAACAGUGACUGGGUACAUUGACCACAGAAAAAUUCUAAAAGUUGUAAGGAGAACGGGAAGAAAGGCAGAGUUUUGGCCGUUCCCAUAUGACAGCGAAUACUAUCCAUAUGCAUCCACAUAUUUGGAUGAAUCUACCUAUGCUUCUUCCUAUAACUAUUACACUCAUGGCUAUAAUGAAAGCAUUCAUGGCUACUUCCCUGACCAAGCUUAUUCAACCAUCCCUGAUGAAACCGUUCAUCUCUUUAGCGAAGAUAAUGUACAUGCAUAUUGUAGCAUUAUGUGACAUUGCCCUUAAUUGCACAAAUGCCA